CGCUAGUAUCGCCAAAGCCGCUCGUGUGAAAGGACGUCACUUAGCUCGCGACUUUUUAAACUAAUUACGUUAAUGGAAUCGAUGUUUUUAAACUAGAAAAUCGUAAUUUAAGGACCUGUGAAGUGCUUUAUAGUGAAUAAUAAGUGUCAACAAGGUGUGCGUAAACUUAUUUGUGUCAACAUAAAAGUAUUCCCGUGAUUUUCAUGCAAAAAUCACGGAACAAUACUUUGAACGGAUUUGCAUGAAUUCUAUUGGUCUUUCUAGAGUUGCGAUGCAGUCCUGAUCCCGGCGUGAUGAUGAGGCUCGAGGCGUCCGACACCCAGCACCGCUACCACAACCUGCUCGACGAUGACCAUGCCAAUGAAAUGCUAGAGAGCGAGGGUGCGGGGCUGGCGACACGCGUAGCUGAACUGGAAGUGCGGUGCUCUCGCCAGGCGGAGGAGCUCCUGUGUCUGCGGUCCACCCUUGCUGAUGCUUUGCGAAGACUCAACGCGCUGGAGGGCAGAGCGCCCACCACGUCCGGUGCACAGCGGAAUGGAACUUACACAGGAAACACAGGCACUCCGACUCGCGAGCUGAGGAUCCGCCAACCUUCCUACAGAGAAAGCGUCAAACGUACCUCGAGCUACGGUUCCAGCGCCUCCUCUCUCUCACAAAGACGCGGUCCCCAGCAUCAAUCGACGGGGUCGCUACAGUCGGACUCGCCAGCGUCCUCCUCCUCCCUGUCGCCCGCCCCCUCCCCCUCGCCACGCGCCACGCCCGCGCCGCACACCACACACACAGUACAACCUUAUAGAUCUCGCAAUAACUCCACGUCGGCGUCGAGUCGGCAAGACGUGGCGUCGCCCGCGCCGGCCGCCAACAGCCUCACCAAGAGAUGGAACUCCACGGGAGACUUCAACACACAGGGUCUGCUGCCCAGCACAAGGUUUACGACGACCAAGUCGUUACUAAAUUUAUAUUCAAAGCAAUCGACGCAAAAUGGACCAAUUUUGAAACACGGUACCCACACCUGCCAGUACAAUGAAGAGGACGGCUCCAUGCGGAUGUUCCUCCGCGGCCGGCCCGUGGUGCUGUACGCGCCCAGCGACCACGACAACCUGGACCCCGGCAAGGUCGCCCCGCCACCGCAGAACAAGCUCAAGUUAGAAUGGGUCUACGGAUAUAGAGGCAAAGACUGUCGCAGCAAUCUGUACCUGCUGCCGACAGGCGAGAUUGUGUACUUCGUGGCGGCGGUGGUAGUGCUGUUCAACGUGGAGGAGCAGUGCCAGCGCCACUACACGGGCCACACGGACGACGUCAAGUGCAUAGCGGUGCAUCCCAACAAGCUGGUCAUAGCCAGCGGACAGUGCGCCGGACACGACCGACUCGACGCUAGGCCUCACGUGCGAGUAUGGAACUCAGUGUCGCUGGCGACGCUGGCAGUCAUAGGCGCCGGGCAUAUGGAGCGCGCGGUGGCGUGCGUGACGUUCUCGCGCGCAGACGGCGGCGCGCUGCUGGCGUGCGUGGACGACGGGCCCGACCACACCAUCUCCGUGUGGGAGUGGCAGCGGGACAAGCACUGCCUGGCCGAGACCAAGUGUUCAGUGGACACCGUGGUAGCGGCCGAGUUCCACCCGCUGGAACGCAACCAAAUCGUGACUUGCGGGAAGAGCCACAUCGCUUUCUGGACCCUGGACUCGUCCAACGUGCUCUACAAGCGUAUGGGAGUGUUCGAGACACGAGACAAGCCCAAAUACGUCACGUGCCUUGGAUUUAAUCAUAAUGGAGACGUAAUCUCGGGCGAUUCCAAUGGCAACAUCAUAGUGUGGGGCCGCGGCACCAACACCAUACAGAAGCUGGUGCGAGGAGUGCACGAGGGCGCCGUGUUCAGCCUGUGCAGCCUGAAGGAGGGCGGCGUGGUGACGGCGGGCGGCAAGGACGGCCGGCUGGUGCUGUUCGACGCAGAGCUCAACGCCACCGGCAUGGAGAAUGUGAUUGAAGGCCACUACGGCGGGGUGCGGGUAGUCGCGGAAGGCAAGGGUCGACAACUGUUCGUCGGCACUACGAGGAAUUGUAUCCUGCACGGAGACUUGGAGCUUGGCUUCGUACCAGCAGUACUGGGUCACGUGGACGAAGUGUGGGGUCUGGCCGCGCACCCGUCGCUGCCGCAGUUCGUGUCGGCCGGUUGGGACCGCCUGCUGCAGCUGUGGGACGGCCUCAGCCACUCCACCGUCUGGAGCAAGGACAUUGAGGAGCGCGCGCACUGCGCGGCGUGGUCAGGCGACGGCUCCGUGAUCGCCGUGGGCUGCGCCAACGGCCGCUGGCUGGUGUACGACCCGCACUCGCGCGACCUCAUGGCUGCUCACCAGGACGGCACGGAACCAAUUCAAACGAUCCAGUACUCUCCCGACAAUCAGUUCGUAGCCAUCGGAUCUCGGGACAACUUCAUCUAUGUGUACCAAUCCGACGGGAACGGAACGAAAUACUCCAGAAUAGGGAAAUGUCUCGGCCACUCCAGUUACAUCACUCACCUGGACUGGUCGGAGGACAGUCAGUACUUGCGGAGCAAUUCAGGAGACUACGAGCUUCUAUUCUGGAACGCGACCACUUGCCGCCAGGUGACGUCGCCGACGUCGCUGCGGGACGCUGCGUGGGCCACCAACAACUGCCCCAUCACCUUCAACACGGUGGGCAUCUGGCCCGAGAACGCUGACGGCACCGACAUCAACUCUUGCACGAGGUCGCACGACGAGCGGCUGGCGGCGACGGGCGACGACUUCGGGAAAGUGAAGCUCUUCGCGUACCCCGUCACCCAGCCCAAGUCGCUGUGCCAGGCGUACGGCGGCCACUCGUCGCACGUGACGUGCGUGCGCUUCCUGCCCGACGACACGCGCCUGCUGUCUGCCGGCGGCAACGACGCCGCGCUCCUGCAGUGGCUCGUCGACUAGACGCACUUGCACGCACACGCAACACGCGCACGCAACAAGCACACGCAACAUGCGCACGCAUUAUAUGUACCUACACGCAUUACACGCCGCAAUUAUACUACUCGCUCGAACCGCUUCAAGUCGUAACUCGGACGCAAAACCGACAACGGUCGGAAGUUGAGCGAAGCUAGAUGAAGUUGCACGAAGAAGUUAUUGCCUACAUUAUCGUUUUCGAUUGACUUCAAUCAAUUUCGCGCCUCGCGUGUAGUACAUUGGACACGUACGCCUAGGGUUGCCAAAAAUUCUUGAAAAAUGCAAUUUGCUAAUAAAUAUAGUUUUUAUAAAGUUAAAACAACAAAUUAUUUAAUUUUAAAUUAUCUUUGUCUAUUAUUUGCUUAUUCUUUAAAACACUAAUACUUUUUUUAAGGGUGAUAUUUUUACAUAUUAAAUCUUAAAGAAUACGCCCUUCACAGGCGCUAGAAAAUAUCAAUAGUCUUUUUAAAUUGCUUUUAUAUAGCUAGGUAUCUGCAAAAAAUACACUUUAAGCGAGUUUGUACUUUGAUUUCUAAAAGCAAUUUUCAAAUUACAUAAAAUUGUAUCAACAUAAAUUCUUGUAAAAAUGAAUAUACGCCACCUUACAACAAGAGUAAACAAAAUUUGUGAGACAAUUCCGCUAAAACGAUACUAUGUAAAAUCAAAUAUGUGACUGGAUAGGUACAAAAAAAUCGCAAACGCGUUCAGAGUCACGAGGCAGUAUUGUAUCAAAGCGAUCUGAUUGGUAGCAAACUGGAGCUAUAUCCGCGUUUAUUAAAUAAGGAAUAAGGAUAAAUAAAUAAAUUUGGCUUAUUGUGAAGCAAGAUUUUUUUAAUUUAACAUUUCGUUAGUGUGUUUUAAAAAAAACUAAUUUUGUAAGGUUUCACAUGAAAUGUAUAAAAAAUUGUAGUUAAUAAAAAAAAUCGAGCAAUUACGAGCCAUUGUCUGUGAAAAAUGUUAUUGUCUACACGGAAAAAAUGUACAAUUAAAUGUACAAAUUAUUUUAUUUAGUAGUACAAACGAUUUUUUUUAAUAUUCGGUACAUUUUAGAUUUAUGCAACAAAUGUGUGUUAUAUUUUUAUUAUAUUACUAAGUUUUUCACGCGGCUACGCCUGCAUUGAUGCAUGGAAAUACAAACCUUUAAAAAUUUCAUAAAUGAUACAAAAUAAUCAACAAAAAAAUAUAAAUAGGUUAACGUAAUAAUCCAUAAAAUUGUAACCAGGUACCAAUUCAAAAUUUCAAAAGAUUUUUGUAUGGGUAGCUAAUUUUUCAAAAUUGCCACUGGUCAUAGACAACUAAUCUACGAACCUCAUACAACUGUAUGCCUGUCUUACUAAUAUGGUGCUUCUAAUGGUUUUGGGAUAUAUAAAACCUCAAGAGGCAACCAAUAUAAAAGUGGCCUAGUAAUAAAAAUAAAAAAAUAAUGUGUACUUUUUUAAUUUAAUUUUAAUUUUUAAUUUUUAAAAACUAGAUAUUUAUAAAUUUUACUUAGGCCAUUUUUGUACUGGUUUAAAAAUAUACAUUCAGAUAUUUACUCAAAUAAACCGCAACCAUAUUACAUUUAAUUCCUAUCACCCAAUUAAUUAAUUAUUAUUAUUAUUAAAGAAUACAUUUUUUUUAUAUAAUAAUAUAGUGUUGAUGUUUAUUUUGGCUGGAUUGUGUGGUUGUGAUAGAAAAAGGGUCUGAACGUGGUAUAAAAUAUAAUAUAAAAAUCGCAAUCCGUCGAAUUAUGCUUAAAUAAUUUAGUAUUUAUAUUGUGGCAACACUGAUAUAAUAUUUUAAUACAUUUUACACUUAUAACACUGUGAAUAAAGUUUAGCUUUUUAAGCUGUUUUAAGCGUAUUUUAUGUUGAAUUUUUGAUGUAUGUGGCACAUUUUAAUCUGUAUUAUUUAUUUACUAUGCCAAGCUGAUCAAAUGUUUUUAAACUAGAUUAAGUUUUAAAGCUAAUUUUUGUUUUAUUUCGCUUUGUUUAUGGAAAAGGAAAAUUAAGAAUUGCAAAUUUAUGGUAUAAUGUUUUUUUAUGCACGCAGUCAAUACCAUGCAUAAAUAGAUGCUCUUAGAGAGAAAUAGACUUUCAACCAAUGGCGUUGGGACGAAAGAGAUCGGAGUGAGUUUUGUCUAUUUGCCUUUAGUUGGUCGCAUGUUAGCACUUCUAAAGUACCUUAAAACAGAAAACUGUGAACGUCAGUAGUUAUUGAGGAGAGCAAUUUAGAAUUUUUAAAAUGGCCUAAUACAAUUAUUUCAUCGCACAAAUUCACAUUUUAUAUUAUUUUUCUUUUCCAUAAGCAAACUAUUUUUUUUAUUGAUAUUCACGCUUGUGGUCUUUCAUUAUUGGUCUUGCACGUAAGACUCUUAUCUUAGAUCUUUUAAAAACUAAGAUAAAUAUAAAAUCUGUUGUUGAAUGAAAGAGUAACCCGUGCUAAAGACGUUCAGUUUUAACCACGCAAAAAAUAACUGUUAAAUCGUCCGUCAGUUUUAACUGUACAGUUUUUCUCUAAUGAUUUUGAUUGAAAUUUCGAUUAAAUAAAACUGAACGUCUAUAGCGGGGGUUAGAUGGAGACGAAAGCGCAAGUAAGUUUACACUAAGAAUAAUUAUUAAUUAUUUGAAUGGCAACAUUUAGUUUUAAUCAUUUUAAGUUUUUAUUAGUAACCUAGUCACGGAUUUGUAGUUUCAUUUGAAUGUUCACGUUAAUUUUAACUCUCAUCUUAGAUAAGCACUAAUGAGAAUAUGUUUGUUGUAUAUACGCGUAUAUGAGCGGUCACUACCGUAUGAAUGUGCCUCUAAUAAAAACGAUGUUUAUUGAAAA